AUGUCGUCUACCGAGACUCAGGCCACCCGUCACGUUCUGAACCUCAAGAACAUUAACCCCCAUAUUCGCAAUGCCAAGUAUGCCGUCCGUGGUGAACUAGCCGUCAAGUCGGAAUACUACCGCGCGAAGUUGGCCAAGGGUGAGGGCAGAGACCUGCCCUUCGAUACCGUUAUCGCGGCGAAUAUUGGAAACCCGCAGCAGUUGGACCAGAAGCCCAUCACCUUCUUCCGCCAGGUGGCGAGUCUGUUGGAGAACCCGGUUCUGCUCGAGAGUGAGGAUGUGCUCGUCAAGAGUCUGGGGUAUAAGGAGGAUGUCAUUGCGCGCGCGAAGAAGCUGCUGAAGGAGGUCAAGAGCGUAGGCGCAUACAGCCAGAGUCAGGGUGCGCCGGGCAUCAGACAUAGUGUUGCUGAGUACAUUGAGCGACGAGAUGGUUACCCUGCGAGCGUCGACAACAUCUUCCUCAGCAACGGUGCCUCGUCUGGAGUCAACACGCUCAUGCACGUCAUCUGCGCAGGUCCAGAGACAGGCGUCAUGGUCCCCAUUCCCCAGUACCCGCUGUACACCGCCACCCUCGCCCUCCUCAACGCCCGCUGCGUACCCUACUACCUCAACGAGGCCCAGGCAUGGGGCACCUCCAUCGACGAGAUCCGCUCCUCAUACGAGAAGGCCAUCAAAGAAGGCACAGACGUCAAGGCCAUUGUCAUCAUCAACCCGGGUAACCCCACCGGCGGGUCUCUCCCCGCCGAGGACAUCAAAUCGGUGCUGAAAUUCGCCGCGGAGAAGGGCCUCGUGGUCAUCGCAGACGAAGUCUACCAAACCAACGUCUUCAUUGGCGAAUUCAUCUCCUUCAAGAAAGCGCUUCGCGACCUGCAAAAGGAGACCCCAGGAACAUACGACCACAUCGAGCUCGCCUCCCUGCACUCCAUCUCCAAGGGCAUGGUCGGCGAGUGCGGUCACCGCGGUGGCUACUUCGAACUCAUCAACUUCAACGCAGACGUCGCGCAGGAGAUCUACAAGUUCAUCUCCAUCCAGCUGUGUCCGCCGGUGCUGGGGCAGUGCAUCGUCGAGAUGAUGGUCAACCCACCCAAGGAAGGCGAGCCGAGCUACGAACUAUACAAGAGCGAGUACGACUCCAUCUUCAAGGGGCUAAAAGAGAGGGCAUACGCGCUGUACGAAGCGUUCAAGAAGAUGGAGGGCGUCGAGUGUGAUGAGCCGCAGGGCUCCAUGUACCUCUUCCCCACCAUCCACCUCCCAGAGAAAGCCGUCAAGCAGGCCAAGGAAGAAGGCAAAGAGCCCGAUGAAUUCUACUGCUUCCGCAUGCUCGACGCGACGGGCGUGUGCGUCGUGGCGGGUAAUGGCUUCGGGCAGAGGGAGGGCACGCUGCAUUUCCGCACGACGUUCUUGGCGCCCGGGACAGAGUGGACGGAGAGGCUGGUCAGGUUCCAUGAGGAGUUUUUGGCCGAGUUUAAGUAG